CUGAGUUGACAAGCAAAGCAGCGACUCACUCGCACUCUGGAGCUUACAGCACUGAGCCUCUCCUCUUUCCUUUCUCCUCUCCCUCACUGCGCCGCUUUUCUUCACCACUGGAGGACUUUUGCACUUCUGCUUUAUUGGAGUUUGAGGAACCACAGCUUCAGUUAGAGUUCUGAAAGGAAACAGAAGACCAGAGCAAACACAAAGGAUGGAGGAAAAGAAAGCACAGAAAAGGAGAAAGUGUUAAAAGAAAGGAUUUGUGUAAGGAAGUGGGGGCAGAGAGUUAGAAAAAAUAGACAAGAAAAACUGUGCAAGCACUAAAAAGUAGUAGGAAGUGAACUGUAGCAAGUGGAACACUUGAAGUGUAAGACUGACAAGCGAGACUAAGGAACACUGAAAGUGUAGCAGCCCUGGCGGCCCACAUGCCCAUCGAGUUUGUGUGCAAAAUCAAGUUCGCUGAGGGAGAUGAGGCCAAAGCGGCCCCAUCCAAAGGAGGUGGUGGCAGCCCGAUGGACAAAGGAGCAGGCAUGGCUGACCUGGCUGCUUUUGCCAGCUCCUCAUCCCUGCAUGGCCUGGCCCAGGUGUUGGGGUCAUCAGGAUCAGGCCGGGCAAGCAUGAGGCGGACAGUGUGGGCACUGGCCCUGCUGGCAUCACUGGUGCUCUUCCUGUACCAAGCCUCCCGGAGCACAGGUACCUACCUGGAGCACCCACAUGUGGCUGCACUGAGCGAGGAAAGCCGGCGUGAGCUCACCUUCCCUGCCGUCACGCUGUGCAACGUCAACCGCUUCCGCUUCUCUGCACUCACUGAUGCCGACAUCUACCACCUGGCCAAUCUGACCGGGCUGCCGCCGAAAAGCCGCGGCGGACACCGACCAGGCGAGCUGCAGUACCCGCCUCCUGACAUGCUGGACAUCUUCCAGCGCACGGGCCACCAGCUCGACGAUAUGCUGAAGAGCUGCAACUUUAGUGGACAAAACUGCUCCGUGCACGACUUCAGCGUGGUAUACACGCGCUAUGGGAAGUGCUACACCUUCAAUGGGAACAAGACCUCACCAAAGCGGACACGGCAGGGGGGCAUGGGGAACGGCCUAGAACUGAUGCUGGAUAUACAACAAGAUGAAUACCUCCCCAUCUGGAGAGAGACCAAUGAGACCACUCUGGAGGCUGGGAUCCGUGUUCAGAUUCAUAGUCAGGAUGAACCUCCCUAUAUCCACGAGCUGGGCUUUGGAGUCUCACCAGGAUUCCAAACCUUCGUGUCCUGCCAGGAACAGAGGCUGUCGUACCUGCCGCAGCCCUGGGGAAACUGUCGUGCAUCAUCAGAGCCAGUGAUCCCUGGAUACGACACCUACAGCGUGAGCGCCUGCAGACUGCACUGUGAGAGCGUCCAGGUGCAGAGAGAGUGCAACUGUCGGAUGAUACAUAUGCCAGGAAAUGCGGAUAUCUGUACACCGGCAAAAGUGAAAUGUGUUGACAGAGCACUUGCUUUGCUGGAGAUAAGCGCAGGAGAUCCAUGUGUGUGCGAGACUCCUUGUAACGUCACACGCUAUGGAAAAGAGCUCUCUAUGGUUAAAAUUCCCAGCAAAGGGUCAGCACGCUACCUCUCUCGCAAGUACCACAAAACUGAGGAGUAUAUCAGGGACAACUUCCUCGUCCUGGAUGUUUACUUUGAAGCGCUGAACUACGAAACAAUCGAGCAGAAGAAAGCAUACGACAUAGCCGGACUGUUAGGGGACAUUGGAGGCCAGAUGGGACUUUUCAUUGGAGCCAGUGUUCUCACAAUAUUAGAGAUACUCGAUUACAUCUAUGAGGUAAUCAAAUAUAGGAUCAAAAGAUUAAUGAGACCACAAAAGUACCAGAACCAACAGAGCCAGAGGAACCAGACGCAGAGAACAAAGAACCUCCGUGAUCUGAAUCUUAGGGCCCAGCUAACACCAAGCACCAUUGCAACAGUCAGACUAGAGGAAUUCAAGCCCAAGGAGGCUAGUGAUGGAACGAGAGCUCAACCACACAGUGUAUAUCCAGCUUCAGUGUUACCAAACCACCACACACAAGCCACUGGACAGCACGACUUUGCUUGCUAGGAGAUGAUUUCUCUUUAGUUUUCCCCACUGUCUCCUGUAAUUUCUCAUUAGACUUUUGGCCCUUGGAUGGAACCACACACUUGAAUUGGACAUUUAUGUUUAUCACCUGUAAAAGCUGCAGCCAAAGUCAAACCCACAGGGAGCUCACACUGAAUGCCCCCUUUCAGCCAGUCAAGGUAUGUGGCGAGGUGGGGGGUCAAACUGGUUCAAACCGCCUCCGUUACAUCAGCACGUGGUCGUAUUGGCAUCGUCUUGCAGUUGCACCGGUGGAACAAGGCCAGUUUGAUUCACACAUGCUCUUAUACUGCAUGUCAGUUAUGUUCUUCAGUAGACGUUUAGCAUUUAUUAUUAUUAUUUUUUACAUUCCGAUUAAUCUUCUCAGUGGAGAAGGACAAGCACAACACUCUUUUUUUUUUUUUUACCAGAGGGGUGAAAUUCCCAAAUCUUGUGUCCUUCAUUGUUAAUUUUGCAUUUAAUAAUACCAUUAUUUUGAUUAAUUCAUCAAAUAUGUUAAUUUAUUUUUAUCAUUUACUUUUGCUUUAAUUUUUUUUUGUAUUUCAUACUAUUUAAUUAUCAUUAUUAUUUUCUUUUUUUUUUUGACUAAAUACUUCAAAUUAUCACUUUUUUUCACACAUACUGGUAAAUUUACAGACAGUUAUCAUUUUUAGGGAGGUUUUUCAUUUUAGAGAAAUUGCCACACAAAAAAGCCUCAGCGCGUGUUCACCUCGAGGAUAUGACACAAGCUGCAUCUUAUUUUCUUAUUUUAAUCUGCUCAAAGGAUGACCAGAAAGGACUGAACUGCUGUAACGGUGUUUAAUAUGGACUGUAACUAUAGUAUCAAAAUUGAUCAUUUCUUAGUGCACUUGAUGAGAAUUUCUAACACACCCAUUUUCAGUGGCUGCAUUGCUCACCACAUUUUCUGUCUCGUAUCAUCUGAUUCAUUCAUACAUGUUCUCACAGAUCUUAUAAAUACACACAGUCCUGUUAUAGACCUUUGCUGGGAAAUGCCAACCGCAGUUCUCAUGAAAACAGAAAAUGCCAACUUUGCCGACAGGGCUGAAGUGAGUUGGCAAAGUGCUCAGUUAAAUCAUUUUG